AUGGUGGCUGCCGAAUCUCCACAUGACAUGGGGCCAGGGUGGGCGACAGGACGCACGUCAAUGAACAAGACCGACGUGAGCAAGUCAAAGUCCAAAGCGGCAGCGACUCGCACGGAACACUCGCUGUUGCUCGUCAAGGCGGACGAGGAGAUCCACCCUUUGCCGUGGUUCCUCAGCCCCGAGUGGACAAAGCGCUCGGUCCCGCCUGCUAACAGCUCUGGUCCUAGUAGUGCCCUGCAAGAUGCGGGAACGAGGCACUGUGCGUGUCUAUUCGCGCUCCUGUUCUGCUCUUCCUCGUCGACGUAUCCAGACGCGAACUCCGAGUCCGAUCUGGAGCUGGGUUACCUCGGGAGAAGAGCCGUAAACUCGAGGGAAAUCGUGGACGAAGCGGACGGCUCCAAGAAGUGCAUCCGGUUCCUAGUGGGGCUCAUUGUCACCAUGGCCCUCGCACUCGUGCUGCUGAUCAUUUUGCAGCCAGGAGCGGGACGCGCGAGUUAG